GGUGGAGGGGUGGAAGGGGGUGUAGGGGCAGAGGGCCCGCUCCCCUCCGUUCCACUGGCGUUUAAUUGGCUGACACAGGGGGAGAACGAGACAGAAUUCAACUGUUCGGUGUUUGACCCAGGAAGGAAUAAAUACUGCUUCAGAUUUGUGCUCAACUUCAGCCGCUCUCCGAGUCCAGCUCAGACCUGCCUGGUGGUGCACAGGAACGCAGAGUCAUGGGGUGUGUGGCAGGCGUGGAGUGUGUGCAGUGUGAGCUGUGGAGAGGGGGUGAGGGAGAGAGUGCGAGAGUGUCUGCUGCCCUCCGGUGGUGGAAGUAUGCAGUGCACCGGCAUGGUCAAGGAACAGUCUCUCUGCUCACUGGAAGACUGUACAGUCCUCCCCGCUCCCUCUCCGUCCCUCCCCCCUCCUCCAGCCUCCUCCUUUCUCGGUGGUAACCUGGUAGUCGUGGCAGGUAUAUCCCUGUGUUUGGCGGUCAUCCUAGCUACCAUCCUGGUCACCCUGUGGCGUAAACUCUGCCGGACACCUCAGUGUAGCUCGGUCCGCAGCGGAUCUAUGCACUCACCUGGGGGACGUAAACUCUCUGACGAGGCCUCCAUCUGUGGGAACAGCCUCCAGAGACCCAGCCUCUCCGACAGCCAGGGGAACCACAGGGGCACAGGGCCAGGGCUAGCCCAGAACGAAAGGCCUAACCCGGGGUGCAAGCCUCUGCCUCAGCCCCCUCCUCUGGUUAUUCCCCUGGAUCAGGACCCAGAUAGACUGUCUCCAUCGGGACAGAAGGUGCUACCGCCAAUCUUUGGGUACCGUCUGGCCCAGCAGCAGUUAAAAGAGAUGAAGAAGAGAGGUUUAAAGGAAGCCACCCAGCUCUAUCAUGUCUCACAGAGCCCUGUCCACGACACUCUUCUGGAGGACUCCCCCACCUCCACCCCUACCCAGCCAGGGUUCACCCUCCCUGGGCUCAGCCCCAACCCCAGCCCCCUGGACCUCCAGGAAGAGGAUUCUAAUCUGAGCCGGUUUCGUAUCACCGCCCCCUUCCCCGAGCCCAGGGUCCCACAGCGCAGCUCGGUUACUCUGCCAGACAGACUGAGCCCCAGGGUGGAGCUCGUCCUGGGGCCUCCCGUGGCCGGAUACAUGAGAGAAGGCGGGGGAGGAGGUGGCGGGAGCUCCAAACGACGAGACCGCACGGCAGACUGGGUGGAGAUGGUGGAGAGGACUGGGUUAGGAGGGAUGGGAGGAGGAGGCGUUCCCUCCAACUCGUACCAGAAAAACCCAAACUGUAGACGGACAUCCAGCUUUCACGUCACCAAGCCCCCACCUCCCCCAGCAGCCCCAUGUCGCCCCCACAGGGAGAGGAGUCAGACCCAGGUGGGUCCCCGCACCAGGACCCUCCCCGAGGGCAGCUGUAGGAUCCGAGGAACCUUGGAGACCAAGAACCCGGCCUACCCCCCCUAUCCCAUCCCAGAGCAGAGCACCCCUGACUGGGCCAGGCCCAAACCGCGACCCCUUUGGCCUGGGGACGACAGGAGAAGACCCUGGGUGGAGACUGGAUGUCCUCCGUGUUUCAGUAACAAACCCAAACACGCUGAAAACAACACCACCUACUUGAUCUCUGACCCUGAACACACAGAGACCAACACUACAACGGCGGCCAUGUUAGGAUCUGAGCUGCUUAGCAACCCUGAACUCACCCUGGAGAGGGAGAGGCGGAGGAUUGGUGAUAGAAGAGAAGGAGGUGAAGAUAGAGGAGAGAGAGGUGGGACUUCAGGUAUAGGUGGACCAGGAUUAGGACCAGGGGUGGGGUCUCGUGGCUGCACUGCUUACCUCACCCCGGACCGGGCGGAGCGGGCAGAACAUAACUGGAACCGUCGAGGCCCUUCCCCGAUUCAGAGAAAUAUCCUGGCCAGGAAGCUGAGAGAAGCUCAGUCCUGCAACACCGCCUCCGACCAGCAGGGGCGCCAUAACCCACAGCAGCAGAGGCAGCGCAGCUCCACAUUUAGCGUGUCUGCCAGUGAACAAAGGAAGGGGAGGUGCAGGUCUCUUCCUCUGUCUGGAGACUCCCCCUAUGGACUGACUGAGGCAGAGCAAUGCAUGCUGGAUCUAGAUAUGACCUCGCUAUACCUGGGAGAGGAUGAGUUCUGACCUGUACACACCUAGAGGAGAGGAGAGGAUGAGUUCUGACCUGUACACACCUAGAGGAGAGGAUGAGUUCUGACCUGUACACACCUAGAGGAGAGGAGAGGAUGAGUUCUGACCUGUACACACCUAGAGGAGAGGAGAGGAUGAGUUCUGACCUUUACACACCUAGAGGAGAGGAUGAGUUCUGACCUUUACACACCUAGAGGAGAGGAUGAGUUCUGACCUGUACACACCUAGAGGAGAGGAUGAGUUCUGACCUUUACACACCUAGAGGAGAGGAUGAGUUCUGACCUGUACACACCUAGAGGAGAGGAGAGGAUGAGUUCUGACCUUUACACACCUAGAGGAGAGGAUGAGUUCUGACCUUUACACACCUAGAGAGGAGAGGAUGAGUUCUGAACUUUACACACCUAGAGAAGAGGAUGAGUUCUGACCUUUACACACCUAGAGGAGAGGAUGAGUUCUGACCUUUACACACCUAGAGGAGAGGAUGAGUUCUGACCUGUACACACCUAGAGGAGAGGAUGAGUUCUGACCUGUACACACCUAGAGGAGAGGAUGAGUUCUGACCUGUACACACCUAGAGGAGAGGAUGAGUUCUGACCUGUACACACCUAGAGAGGAGAGGAUGAGUUCUGACCUUUACACACCUGGAGAGGAUGAGUUCUGACCUUUACACACCUAGAGGGGAGGAAGAAGUCUUGUUGCCUAGAAGGUGCCCAGAGGAGAGGAGAACCUGUCUUGUUGCCUGGAAGGUGCCCAGUGGAGGAGGAGGAGAAGAGGAAGAGAGGAGAGGAGGACCUGUCUUGUUGCCUGGAAGGUGCCCAGUGGAGGAGGAGGAGGAAGAGAGGAAGAGGAGAAAGUUGUAAAGACAUGACUGAAAACCCUUUGGGUAAAGCUUGACACCAGCAUCAUAACGUUAUGACACAGUUAUAACCAUGUCACAAUAUGUCAUAACAGCUGACAUAAGUUAUAACCUAUCAUAAUAUGGUCAU